CAAAACACACACACUGUUCACUCACUCUCUUACACUCUCUCUCUCUCUCUCUCAGCUACAAACCGACGCUAAACUCCGCGCUGGCAAAGAUUCCCUCUCUGUCCUUCCCUUUCCCUUUCCCUUCUCUGUACUCUCUUUCCUUUCCUUUCUCUCCCUUAUCAUCUUCUUCUUCUUCACUUUACCUUAGUGAUCUCUUUCACCUUAGCCAUGGUUUUCUCUCUCUAAAAAAAACUUUUCUUUCUCAGACACCGAACUCGAAAAAAAUAAAUUCUGGGUUUUUGUUUUUACUUGGAAAUAAUAUAUGGGUUGCGCGAAUUCAAAGGUGGAUGAUCUCCCAGCGGUGAGUCUGUGUCGUGAAAGGCUCACCUUUCUCGACCAAGCAAUUCACUAUCGCUACGCUUUGGCUCAGUCCCACAUCGCUUAUAUUCACUCGCUCAAAUCCGUCGGCCACUCUCUUCACAACUUCAUUCACCAGCAAGAUCCGUCUCAUCUCUCUUCCUCGUCUCCAAUACCCGGUUCUCCCAGAAAACCCGACCCGGACCCGAAGCAUGCUCACCAUCAGGCUCAAGCUCAAGCUCAAGCUCACGCCCAUGCUCUGAACCACGAUUCUCAUUCGGGUCAUCUCGAUUUCUACUCGGAUUCUGAUGAAGACGACGACGAUUCCGGCGGGGCGCACCAUAUUGAUCUUCCCUCGGGUGACUCAACCCCGAAAUUACACCAUAUAGAUUAUCGGGAUCCGGGUCAGGACCCGGAUUAUGGGUAUGGCGGUGGUGGUGGUGGCGGUGAUGGGUUGUAUUAUAUGAAGAAUAAAGUUACGCCGCCUUCGGUGGUGUACGAGCAGAGACCGCCGAAUCCAGAGACUGUUUAUAUGGGUGAAUCGUCAAAUUCUGGGUAUGCUUAUCCAUAUUAUGGAAAUAGUUAUGGCAAUCCUAGUGCUAGUCCUUAUUCAAAUUACGGAUAUGGGUAUCCGAAUUCGAAUCCAAAUCCUAAUUUCAACAAUUCAAAUGGGUAUUACGCGAAUUCGCCGAAUUACGGCGGCGCGGCGGUGGGUUCUACGUCGGAUUCGAAGCCGCCACCGCCUCCUCCCUCGCCGCCUCGGGCGUCGGCGUGGGAAUUCUUGAACCCAUUCGAGAGUUACGACAAGUUCUACUCGGCUUCGUCGCCGGCGGUGGCGUACACGCCGAGCCGGGACUCGAAGGUGAGGGAGGAGGAGGGGAUACCGGAGCUGGAAGAGGAUAACUAUUACCACAGGGAGGUGGUGAAGGAAGUUCAUGGGGAUCAGAAGUUUGUAGGGGGUGGUGGUGAUAAAGGGGGUAGAGGGAAUCAUUCUAAGGCUGUGAUGGUGGAGGAUGAUGAUGAUGUGGUUGGUGGGGUUCAUGAUCACGAGGCUUCGACUUCGUUGUACGAGGCGAGGCCGAGGCCAAGUUCUGGUGGUGUGGAGAAUGAUGGGGCGGAGUAUGAAGUGCAUGUGGUUGAGAAGAAAGUGGUGGGGAAUGAGGAUGAGGAAGGUAGGUCUAGGUACAAGGGUUUGAAUGUGUUUCAGGUGGCUAGAGAAAUUGAGGUCUUGUUUGAGAGAGCUUCGGAGUUUGGGAAUGAGGUUGCCAGAUUGCUUGAAGUGGGAAAGCUCCCUUAUAACCGUAGACACCCAGUUUCUUCAAAGAUUUUGCAUGUGGUUACUCCUUCGGCCUCGGUAGUAUCCUCACACCCUUCUACUUCUAAGGGGGGAGCCGAGCCGUCGGCCUCUGCUGGUCUGGCUCAGGUUGAUGCGGAUGAAGAUGUGGUGACGUUUGGAUCUAGAAACCUUUCGUCUACCUUACAAAAGCUGUAUCUUUGGGAGAAGAAGCUCUAUAAUGAAGUUAAGGCUGAGGAAAAGAUGCGGGUAGUGCAUGACAGGAAGCUAAGUAAGCUGAAGCGCUUAGAUCAAAGGGGUGCUGAGGCUACAAAAGUUGAUACUACUCGUACUUUAAUAAGGAGUCUUUCCACAAAAAUAAGAAUGGCUAUUAAGGUUGUUGAUGGGAUAUCUGUGAAGAUAAGUACAAUUAGAGAUGAAGAGCUGUGGCCCCAACUGAAUGAAUUAAUUAAAGGGUUGACAGGAAUGUGGAAAUCUAUGUUAGAAUGCCAUCGUAGUCAAUGCCAAGCAAUCAGAGAAGCCAAAGGUUUAGGUUCAAUUGGACCUGGCAAGAAGCUUAGUGAUUCUCAUAUUAAAGCUACUUUGGAGCUUGAGCAUGAGCUUAUUAGAUGGACAGACACAUUCUCUAGUUGGGUAAAUGCCCAGAAGGGCUAUGUGAGAGCCUUGAAUAAUUGGCUUCUGAAAUGCCUUUAUGAUGAACCUGAAGAAACAGAGGAUGGACCAGCUCCCUUCUCACCUAGUAGGAUUGGUGCACCACCUGUGUUUGUAGUCUGUAAUCGGUGGUCACAAGCUAUGGAUAGAAUAUCUGAGAAGGAAGUGGUUGACUGUAUGCGUGUUUUUACCUACAGUGUGUUACAGAUCUGGGAACAUGAUAAAAAUGAAAUGCGCCAGAGAAUGAUGGUGAACAAGGAUCUGGAGAGGAUGGUUAAGAAUUUGGAUAGAGAGGACCAGAAAAUACAGAAAGAGAUGCAGGCAUUAGACAAGAAAAUGGUUCUGUUCACUCAGGAUGGUAACAUUCACUCAGAUGAACAGAUUGUAUAUCCUAGUGACACUAGCAAUCGUAGUAUACAGGCAAGUCUGCAGCGCAUUUUUGAGGCCAUGGAGAAAUUCAUGGAUGAAUCCAUGAAAGCUUACCAGGAACUUCUGCCCCUUGGUGAAUAAGAAAGUCUCCAAAAGCAUGAAAGAGUUUCAUAGAGCUGAGUAGUUAAUAAAAGUGUCGAAGCUUUUGCAUUGGUAAUUUGGUUUAUUAUCUGCAGCUAUCAGCCCUUUCAAAAUAUUUUAUGAAGCUCAGGUUUGUUGAGGGUUUUAUCAUGUGGAGUCUUAAGGAAUCCAAAUGUUGUGGCCCAUGAUGGACUACUUUGGUUGGUUGUUCACGUUAUCAAGAGCAGACCUGGUUAUGAGUCAUAUGAUGGUGGACCUGAACUGUAUGGCAAUCCAUACUUUUGCCUGGAUUUGGGAGGAUUACAUUGCCAUUGAUGAGAGAGGUCAUCCAGGUCCAACUGUUUCAUCAUAAUCCCAAUACAAGUGAGUGAUACUUGACAUGGAAAGAACAUGGGCUAGAUACAAGGUGUCUUUGUGCCUGAUUAAAGACUGUCUUAAGUCACUGCUGUUGACAACAAAAGUAUCCUAAAGCUGUAGUUGGGCCAAGUGAUUGCGAUGCUUAAUGAUGUCUUUGCUCAUUGGAUUUCGUGAUGAGCUAUAUGCACUGCAUUAUGUACAGUAAGCAACAAGCAGUGUGAGUGGGACUCUCAUUUUUAAACAUCCUAUGAGACAAUUUCCCAAACUGUACCCAGCUUUUUUCAUGGAAAAGAUAGUUGGGGCAUGAGUUUUUUCAAUGAAGGGCUACAUGGGACGUACCAUCAGGCCAAAUUGUCUCAGAAAGGGGGCCUCCCUCCAGUUUUGCAUGAGUUUUGAGUUAAGAAUAGGCUAUUGGGUUGUUCAGAGUGACGCAAGUCAUAGAUAAGCCCAUGCAAUAGUUUGAUAAAUUAUUUCUUUCUUUAUUUCUUUUAGUUUAAAACUUUCUUUUACAUCAAUUUAUUGUAUAGAUGAAUCCUGAAACCGAGUAAACUGCAAGCACCUUCAAUAAAGAGCGGUAUUGCUAUUAGCCAAA